CCCCCUCAUCGGCCACCUUGUUCGCGCAUCAGGAUCUGCGCGCAUAUGUCUCGAGGGUGGGUGGUGUAAGUGAUCACCUGGCGUGUUGUCCGAGUGUCGCGAAAAAAAAUGAUGACCUCGUCGGAAACGUCGGAGGUGGAGAAUCUGGGAGGCGGGAAAGGUCCCGAGGACUCGGCGAUCCUGGAAGUGAGCUCCAUGGCGGUGGGCGGGAUCGUCAAGCAGGAGUGUCGCGACGUCGAUUUCCUGUCUAACUGCAGCACCUCCAUCGAAGGCUCCGUGAUUGCAUCUCCUUCUAUCGACAGCUUCUCUACUCUGCCGGAUCAGGAGAUAUCAGACUUUCAGACAGACUCCCGAGAUCUGCAAGUAAAAGUGGACAAUCCGCAAAAGCAUCUGGAAACCUUGGAGACGUAUAUUACAUUCCGUAUAACGACUAGAACUACGCGUCCAGAGUUUGAAGAAGGGGAAUAUGUAGUACGCAGGCGCUACAAUGAUUUCAUAUGGCUGCGUCAAAAGUUAGUAGAUAAUUAUCCGACACAUAUUAUACCGCCAAUGCCAGGCAAACAUACACUCCUUGCUCAACUGGAUCGUUACUCCAAAGAAUUUAUCAUAGCACGCAUGAAGCUUUUGCAUAUAUUUCUAAACAGAGUGGUGAAUCAUCCUAUUCUCAGUUGUGACAAGAAUCUCCAUAUUUUUCUCACUACUAAACCUGCAGAAUUUCUCGUUUAUCGUAAAAAUCGUGGAAAUGUGCUCGGGAAAGUGACAGAUUCUUUGCAAAACAUGGCAACUACAUAUACAAUGAAACAGCAUCAUUUGGAGUUUGAGCAGAUUCGGGACUAUUGUACAGCAUUGAGUGAAAAACUGACGGCCAUAGAUAAAAUCAAUCAUCGUAUACAUAAAGAAAGGCAAGAUUAUUUAGUGGAGCUUCAUCAAUUACAUCCCAUAUUCACACUGUGGGCAACCUCAGAACCGGAACUUGCGGCUAUUUUAUUAGCAAUCGCUAAGGCAAUAGAAACUAAUGCAAUAGCUCAUCAGAAACUUUUGGAAAACGUUCCUAACGACGAACGUGAAUACAUCUCGUAUAUAGAAGCGGUCAAAAAUGCAUUGUCCCGGCGUGAUUCGAUGCAGAUUGAAUAUGAGUUAACUGUUGACGUAUUAGCGAAGAAGAGAUUAGAAAAAGAUCAGUUGGUAGGAAAUACAAACUACACAGUACCUGCACAAGGUUGGGGUGGAUCUUUAUGGAAAGCAGAAUCUCGGGAUGAAAAAUUGGAGAGACUCGGCCAAACCAUUCCGCGAUUAGCUAAGCAAGCUGAGAUACUACAGGAUCGCGUGGAAUGCGCAAAUGAGAACUUGCGAAGCGAUCUGCAAAGAUGGAACGUAGAAAAACAACAAGAUCUCAAAAAUAUGCUAAUUACGAUGGCGGAUCGACAUAUCAGACACUAUCAACAGUGCAUGAACGCGUGGGAAGAAAUUCUCGCCGGCCUUAAAUUGGAUGGCAUCGGAUCUGAUGUCAACGGAGGACCGCCUGUUAAAAUACCUGUUUAAAUUGCUAGUCUUUCUUCACCAAUCUAAAAAAAAAAUAUAUAUAGAAUAAAUACUCGUUACACACAUACAAAGGUAAUAAUACACCAGUUCAAGAGCAUCUCUAUUAUUAAAUAAUGACACAAAGUUUAUUGCAAAUCCAGAGAACAAUCUAUCUUGUCAGCUUCGAUAUCAUUGCUUUUAAAAUCAAAUCACUUCUUUGAAAUCUCAAAAUUGCCACACAGUAAUGGUAAUUCUUUAAUAAUACGGAAUUGCAAUGAACGCGUUUAAUGAUAAUAAAAAUCGCGCAUUUAUGUACAUAUAUAAUAAUACGCUAAUAUCAAAACUCUAUUUGGAAAACGCCUUUAUGAUACAAUAAUCUUGUGAUAAUGAAAAAUUAAGUAUGUAAUUGUAUGCGUUUGGUCCUAUAUAUAUAUAUUUAUAUAUGUAUAUGUAUGUGAGGGAGCAAAUUCUUUCAGUAUAUAUCAUGUAUAGGAAAGAUUUUCCAAUUUUCCUUCUUUUUUUAGGGGUUUAAAUCGUGAAUUAUAAUUUUAGGGACCAAGCAUCGAGCCGAUAUUAUCGCCAUUAUCUCUUUUCUUUCUCUUUCUUUGAAUCAUAUUACAAUAUAUUUAUUGACAAUCAGUUUAGCCACCUACAUCUACUACUUACCAAAGUACAGUUACCAUGAUAGCGUAGAGAUAGCAUUAAUGUCAGAAUAUACUAUAAUGCUGAUAAAUUUUACAAAUUGUGGAGCAAAACGCUUAAAACUUCGUUGUAUCAUUAAUUAGUACCUUUAGUCUAUGGUAUCUCUAAGUUAUGAACAAGUCACGUCGCAACUUAAUCGUUACGCUCUUGGCAACACGAAAAAAAACGUAGUGAGAAUUCUAUAUAUGGCGCUUAUAUAUUCUUCUCCUUGUGACUAUUAUUUAUGCUAGAAAAGAAGGUACUCUUUGUUAUUUGUCAUAAGUAAAACGCGGAAUACAUUUCCUAUUUACAUUAUAUGCCGUGAUAUGCUAGGCGCAUAAAUUAGCAUAAACGGCGAAAUUUGUAUUAAUAAAUAAAUUAUUGUUUGCAAUGAA